AUGUCAUCUUCGGACUCGAUCAUUUCUUCUAGCAAUAGGGGUUCCAAUCUUGCCACUGCCACUCUUUCUGACGCUUCCUCGCGCAGCCAUGGUAUCAACGACAAUCCGAGGCCGACAUUUCCCAGUGCUUUGGAUUCCAGCCCGGUCCCCAAUCCGCUCAUCCGCUCAGGCUCAGGCCAAAGCAACCAAAUGUCGAUUGCAGCACUCAUAGAUCCUCCCCUCCCAGGCCCUACGAAUGACCAGAUCACUGAAGAGCGCAGGCGCAGCAUCAUCGCAAGGGACCGUAAGAGAAGACUCACAACGACUGUAGAAGAUGGUAGAAGAAGGACAAAUAGUGGCAGCUACUAUGAUCGAAGAACCGCUCAUGACGCGUACCGAAUGGAUGGUCCUUCAACCCAAAUGCGGAAUCACACUGUUGCCGCGAACCCUGCACCAGAAGUCAUCGAUUUGACAGAAACUACUCCCUCACCAUCACAAGCAUCAGCACUCUACCGGCACGGCGAGACGAGGAUGAAUCCGACUUCCUCGGCGUCGUCGGGGAGGUACGUUGUGCCUCGCUGGCAACCAGACUCUGAAGUCAACGAAUGUCCUAUCUGCAAGCGACCCUUCAGCUGGAUGUUUCGCCGACAUCACUGUAGAAAGUGUGGGAGAGUGGUAUGCAACGACUGCUCCCCUCAUCGCAUAACCAUUCCCCGACAGUUUAUUGUUCAUCCACCGGGGCCAGAUACUGUUCCGCCUCUGGGGCAAGGGGCUAGAAGCCGACAUGACCCUAUAGACUUGACAGCGGACGGCAACGAUGACGACCCCUUUGAUAAUCCAGCCUCGCCUAACCCGUAUCUUGCACUGGAUGGAGGCGAGAAAGUUCGACUUUGCAACCCCUGCGUACCAGACCCUCAACCCGACCCCUUCCCACACUACCCCGUUCUUGAGAACGAACCCAGUCGACGCGAAUCUCCAUGGAGUCACACACUCGGGCACGCAAGAGCCUCUAGCCACCCGCAGGGUCUUGGGAAUAGACCACCCAUACCGGCAAGAAACGAUUCCCUGCGCAAUCCCAUGAGAUAUGAUGGCUCUGGCCCUCUGCCAAACCGUUCAAGUUGGACCGGUCCUCACCCGUCCCUGACGUCUCCUAGCCAAUAUAGCCUAUCUGCGUUAGUAGGAGAAGCGGCAUCCCCAGCGCCGUCAAGAGAUCGGUUUGCUUCCGAACGCCGGCCCAGCUACGGCAAUUCACAUUCACACUCUCGCCAGCCUCGAGAUGAGUGGGUGGGUGGUCUCAGUCGCAGCACCUAUGUUCCACCACGCGCUCCUUACGAGACUACAGCCACUCGCUUCCCUGUCACCCUGCCGAGCAUCGUUGAUGGCCCAUCACGGCCUCGUCUGGACGAGAGAGAUAUCUGUCCUAUUUGUCAACGUGCACUUCCCCCGAAAGAGCCUGACGGAACCGAGACUGCGCGAGAGGAGCACAUCAUGUCUUGCAUCGUUGCAAGAGACCCCUCGGCCCGAUACGAAGGGGCCGGCGGGCCCUCGCAGGCUCGAAUUUACGUGCUCCCGUUCACCGCGACUGAAAAGGACUGCGUCGGCGAGGACGGGGGUCCGCAAGAGUGCUCGAUAUGUAUGAUUGAAUACGAUGUCGGAGACGAAUUGGCACGGCUGGAGUGCUUGUGCAAGUUUCACAAGAGCUGCAUCAUAGAAUGGUUGGGGCGCAAAGCCGAGUGUCCAGUGCACAAACUUAUAGCAUGA